AUGCAGGUGAGUUGCUCAGGAUUCCGCUGUAAUGAACUGCUGCAGCUCUGUGAGGUGUAUGCAGCUGUAUUGACUGUGUGAUUGUGGUGUGAUUGUGUCGCAGGCCGUGGGCUUCCAUCAGCCUGGCAGCGGAUGAGCUCAAAUAUCAGAUGACCAGAACACACUGGCACCCGACACCACAGUUCCUCAUCGGCCCCGAGAAGAUCCAGCUGCUCUUCCCUCUGCUCAACAUGGACAAGGUGUUGGCGGGUCUCUAUAAUCCGGGUGACGGUCACAUCGACCCGUAUUCUCUGACGAUGGCUCUGGCAGCGGGAACGCAAAUGUACGGCGCACAGAUCUAUUAUCCCGCACCGGUCACAGGCCUCACGCCGACCGCUGACGGCAGAUGGGACGUCCAGACGCCACACGGAACCAUCCGAGCCAAUCGCAUCGUAAAUGCCACCGGUUUGGCCACACCCACACGACAGACCACACCCCCACAUGAUAGACCACACCUGUUUAUUGGGCCACACCCACAUAUGCUAGACCACACCCACAUGACAUACCACACCCCCACAUGAUAGACCACAUGUUUGUUACAC